CACACAACAUGGAGACUGCAAGUUUACAAAACAACGGCGAACUGAAGUGAAAGUUGUUUUAGACAUUCUUCCUGCGAUCAUUUGGUAGAAUUUCCUUCGUUUAAGAUGAUGGAGAAUUUCUGCUGUACAGUGUGAACGAACAUACAUCGAGCACACAACAAGCACACAUCCAGAGCAGACACACAAUCUGUGUUACAGUCGUUGUGUGGACAUUCUAUACAUCCUAUUCGUCAACACUGUAAAUAACACUCUGUUGACAGUUGGAAGUCCACAUAGUGUUUCAAGUCCCUACAUAACGUGGACCUCUUAAGUUCGCAGGUCCACACAUGCAGCAUUAAAACAAACCCACCCACAUCAAGUAGACAUCAAGCAAAUUGUCUAGACACAUUCGUGAGUCGGCAAGAUGACACUUACACGUACCACAAAAAUAUCCGCUUCCCUACCUCUAUGAAAACAACAGGUACACGGAGUUCGGAUUCUACUGGUGCUUUAUAUCGGCAAUGGUUGAUUCAUUAGAUCUACAGCGGCAGUUAUUUGCAGCAUGUGAACAUGGAGACCUGCCAUCAGUGCAGGCAAUACUCGAUCAAGAUGCGAGUGGGUGUGUGGACGCUGAUGGAGGCGAGGGAUACUCGCCUCUUCAGAUCGCUGCUGGGAACGGUCAUGAGGAUAUUGUACGAAUUCUCCUCAUGCGUGGCGCUUCUCUGGACCGCCAGAAUCUAUAUGGUUGGACUGCACUCAUGCAGGCAGCAAGUCAUGGCCAUACCAAUAUCGUUGCUCUUUUGUUGCAGAACAAAGCCGAUCCCAACAUCCGGAAUAAGUUUGGGGCAACGGCUUUGACGGCUGCCGCCCAUUAUGGACACGUUUCAAUCACUAGACUUCUACUCGCGCUCGGUUUUAUCGAUAUGAACGAAAACGAUGGUGACAUCAACGGAGAGGCAUUCACGCCACUCAUGGCAGCCGCUAUGAACGGACAAGAAAUAAUUGCGAAUCUACUUUUUGAGAAGGGUGCAGAUCAAUUCCAAGUGCAUCAACCGACAGGCUGGACACCAUUAAUGAUGGCUUCUGUACGAGGGUUUUGCCAUAUGACAAAGAUGUUGGUAGAAGGGAGAGGAUGUGAUCCUGAUGUUACCAAUAUCCUCCAUCGAACUGCUCUGGAGAUCGCAAUCCUACAGAAUCAUGGAGAAGUUCGGGAGUAUCUUGAUCGUAAGACAACAAACAGACCAAAACUUUUAACGGAUAACAGUAAACCAGCGAUUAUUGAAGCAACUGAAUCAGGUGACAUCAAACGUGUUCAACAUAUCGUAGAUUCCAAGCCAAAACAGUGCAAUAAGCUGUCACCAGAGGGCGCUACACCACUCAUGAUAGCGGCUAUGAUUGGAAGGGGUGACAUUGCUGAGUUGUUGGUUCAACGAGGUGCUGAUAUUAACAUGCAAGAUGCUAAGAGUGGGUGGACGGCUCUAAUGCAGGCUACAUUCCAUAGAAGGAAAGAUUUAGUCAAGUUUCUUGUAGAUGCAGGAGCAGAUGUUAACAUCCAGGCUAACGAUGGCUGCAAGGCGUUAGAUCUUGCUUUAGUUAUUGUAAUGAAUGACAAUGACAAGGCAAACAAUGAGUUGAUUUCUCUCCUUGCUGCGGUUACCAUGCCAACCAAUGGUAAUAAACCCAGUCAGGGUCACAUGACUAAAUCAUCUACCUGGUCAAUCAAGACAAGUAUGAGUCAACUGAGUCAAGACUCGCCAAGAAAUGGUUUAAAGGCAUGGUGGUCUCGUAUGUCCAAUCGCUUCCGCAACUUGAAACUUUCUCGCACGCUGAGGGCUGGUCUCUCCUCCACUCCUCUUACCCCCUUUGAAGAUGAGAAUCAACUGUCGUCACCCACAGCAACGCUCAAGGUAUCCCAAGAUGCAAUAGGAAAGGUAGCCCCCCAAGAGGAUGAUGGGAGAAUACGAAGGAAGAGCAGUAGAGAUCAUGGGUCAGAGUUGAAUAGGUCACGUAACAGUGUUGGCCGUGAUAGUGGACUAGAUUUAAGUAUGCAGUCAUCCCAAUCUAUUUCGAUCAUGUCUCCAGCUUCCCAGCAACCCAAUGAUAAACUUUUACCUGUCGUCCCACCUUUCUUGCCGCCACCAAACUUUGAGCUGCAUACCUCGGACCGUUCAAGGAGAUCCCAUCACUCUUCCUCCAAGCCUUCAUUGAUGCAACUAGCAAAUGGACAGGGCAUUGGGUCAUCAACGAGACCCCCAGGCAGGCCACCGACUAAGCUGAUGUUCUCUCAUCGUUCUGGUAGCAGCAGCGGGAUCAGUCCUUCUAAUUCAGCUCAUUUCAGUAACACUGCGAGUCCUAACUCCUCUGCUGAUGCUAAUGCUAUGAGUAAAGGUUUUGCGAAUGCUAGAAGGACAACAUUGAAGCUGAGGGAGGCUUCUGGAACAUCCAAACUAAGUUCCGUAGCUGAGCCAUUGUUUACUCCAGUCUCCAACCAUCAAGGAAUCAAUUCAUUAUCCAAACACCAACAAGAGAAUGAUAAACCAACAGCUGCAACCAAAAAAGCAAGAUUGCCUCCGCUCCCUGUCACCCCACCCAAUGUGAAUCCAGCCAGUGCAAGCUCCGCCUCCUCUACAAUAUCAGGCUCUUUAAGCCAGUCUAAGCCCCGCCCAGUCAGUGGGAUGUCUCGUAGUACCUCACCCACCUUGACCCCAUCCCCAUCACCCACACCCAAGGUGGUGGGUGUGGUUGUCAAGGAGGGGUCGCAUCAUAGUCAGGUGAAAGGAGGAGGUCAUCCGGCGCCAACCCUUCAGAAGAAGACAAGCUCAAGUAGCGGCAUUAGUGAAGAUGAUGAGCUUUCAGCGUUACUUCGGAAGUUGUCCUUGGAGAAAUAUGCUCCAAUAUUUGAAGAACAGGAGGUGGAUAUGGAAGCAUUUCUGAGUUUGAAUGAAUCGGAUCUAAAGGAGAUGGGUAUAGCAAGCACUGAGCCACUUCAGCAGAUACUCGGUGCUAUCACAGAGCUAAAGGAUGGCAAAUAUAUCAAGAAAUACUCCCUCCCUGAUGCGACUAUGGUGGGAUAUAGCAUGGCUAAAUAAACCAAGGUACUAUCACAGAACUAUAAGAUGGCAAAUAUAUCAAGAAAUACUCCCUCCCUGAUGCGACUAUGGUGGGAUAUAGCAUGGCUAAAUAAACCAAGGUACUAUCACAGAACUAUAAGAUGGCAAAUAUAUCAAGAAAUACUCCCUCCCUGAUGCAACUAUGGUGGGAUAUAGCAUGGCUAAAUAAACCAAGGUACUAUCACAGAACUAUAAGAUGGCAAAUAUAU